CUGCGGCCUGAUGGAUGGAUGAUGGGACCCAAUCAUCAGCUCAUUUUCUGGGUACCUCCGGCCUCCCGACAUCCAUUUUAUUCUCCUGGCACUGCCAUGGUGAUCCCGAGAGGAGGCGUCGAGCUUGAUUUGAGCCGUAUGGCACAUGGGACGCGCUGGUCCAGUUGCCGAGAUGCGUGA